UACAUUGAUACCGCAGGGAACAUGAAAGAAAGUGGUGAAGAAAGCCAACAAUUUUAACGCAGAAUUACCCUUAAGAUAUAAAGCAGAUUUUAUAAAAUACAUACCGAUAGAUGACCUCUUAUAUUCCGAAGUUGAAAAGGACCUGAUUUUAAAAGAUUCCUCUGUGUGAUGUUAAAUGAAAUCAUCGCCGCUUAACAGUAAUGUUGUAAUCAUGACCAGCCAUCGACGUCAAAGCUCCAGCUCAGAUGACAGCUCUUCCUCAGCCUCCUCCUCCAGGAGCUCCUCCCCGGCCACCGCCGUCCCGAAGGCAUACGCCCGUCUCGAGAAUGACAGUGAACAGGUCCAGACGCUCGUCGACCGUGAAAAGGAAAAGAUGUAUCGCAAGAGACCGUAUUCAGUUUCUCUGAGUAGUGGUAGCGAGGUGGAAUCGUCACCCGAGUCAAACAUUCCGAAGGCCUAUUCCAGGAAGAAAACAAAGAAAAAAUCGAGCGAGGACGGCAAUAGUUGGAAGAGUACCACGGUGCCUUCAAGUUCAAGUAGCAGUAGCAGUAGCGAUAGUAGUAGCAGUAGUUCAUCCAGCUCUGAUAGUUCAAGCGACUCAGAGCCGGAGCAUAAUUCACAAAAUCAGCAUAAAAAGAACCUUUCCUCGAAGGACUUGCCCAAGGAUAACAGAAGUAGCCAGCAACAUAGGUCUAACAACCAGAAUGAAAACUCUAGUAGAAAAGUUCACGAGGGGGGAAAGAAACUUCAGCAGAGACGAGAGAAAAGUCGCGGGAUGGUUGCCCAGAGUCCGGAAGAAAUCAGACACAAAAAGAGAGAGGUAGAGGAUAAGCCAAGAAGCUCCAGACAUACAGAGGUGGCGAGGAGAUCUUAUAGUCAAGAAAUACAUUAUAGAGAUUCUAGAGGUCGGAUCGAGGACAAGACACAAAGGCACCGUGUUGACCGUGAGCUCCGGCGAGACCAAGAGCCCAUAAGGGAUGACUCUGGUAGAAAGAACAACCACAGGGAAAAGGACGUCAAAAGAGAUGGGAGCCAAUCUGAAAAAGACAGAAGGUACUACGACAGGCUUAAGGAAAUGCCAAGGAAUGAGGGGUCAAAUUCCAGACAGAGAGAAGAGGAACAAUACAAGGGCGGUGAUGCUCCUCCUAAAAAGAAACGUGCAGUACCCAAAGCUUCCAGCACUGCUCAUAAAACGGCAAAUUAUAGAUCCAGAAACAAAUCUAGUAGAGAGAGGGAUCGCAGGAAGCUGAUGGAAGUUUCAAAGAAAGGCUACGAUCAUGAAAGAGUACUUCAUGAAAGAGUCAGUCCUGCAGAGGUGCACUCGAGGAGCAAGGCCAGAUCCAGCAAGGAGACGGAACGUCAGAGGGUGAAGCAAGAAAUGCCGGUGUGUACUGCUGGACGAGAGUACUUCAGUACGGAAAGAGGGUGCUGGGAAUGGGAACCCGCCGAAGAGCCCGGCAGGAAAGCUCCUGAUGAUCCCAGGGAUCAUCAAGCUUCUCAUAGGAGACAGAACUCCAGGGAAGAUGGCAACAGUAGACAUUCAGUCAGAGAAAGCAGUUACGCGGAGAAACACCACAAAAUGGAAAGCUUGGAAGUCGACUCGAGAAGGACAGCCCACUCAUCACCGUCUCCCGCUAAAAUAAAAUCAGACAGCAGAGAGAGGAGGAAGAAGAAGAUGGAACGGGCAAAGGAGAAGGAACGAGCCAAACUGAAGAAGGAGAAACGCAAAAGGAGAGAAAAGCUGGAGAGGAGGAAAGAGAAAAAGAAGGAACGGAGAGAGCAUCGUAGUAAAAAAAGUAAGGAGAAAAGACACAAAGAGCGAAGGGAGAGACGGAGCAAGGAGCCUAAAGUUCCCAAGAUCUCAAACAUUCAGGCGAAGCUACUAAAUUUAGCAUCAGGUGUUCAAGAAGCAGCACCCCGCAUCUUGGCACCAAUGACCAAGGAAGAAUACGAGCGGAAGCAGAGUCGCACACGGAGGGUCUAUGAUGAAGACACUGGUAGACACAGGCUUGUGAGGGGAGAUGGUGAAAUAAUUGAAGAAAUAGUCAGCAGAGAUAGACAUCGACAGAUCAAUAAGCAAGCAACGAGAGGCGAUGGCAUAGCAUACCAAAGGAGUCUCGGCCUUCAUAGAUACUAGGUAUAGGAUUAACGUUUUUCCAGAUUUCCCACCUGUCAAAAUCACACCUCAGAGCGGGAUCAAUUGGAGGCUUUUGAGACACUGGCGGCAGCAGACAGCGGGCCUUUUUUGCGCGUGCAACAUGCUCAGUAGUGCGCGCGUAGGUCUGAGCACUCGCACUACUGGCGAGAACUGUGAAAAAAGACCGUCCAAAGGUUUCCAAUUUGAAGAUGAAGUUGAGUUUUAGGACUUAUGGUUUUUGAGGUUGCAUGGAUAUACCGGUACAAUGUUUCGACCUACCUUUGCCCAAUCAUGUCUAAUACUCUUUACGAUCAGUGUAGCAUACUUUGAAUCUGCAUUUUAAAAGCAAAACAUUGAUUUCUUGUACAGUAUUCUAGGACAGAAAAUGUACAAAACAACCCUUCUUUGGUUACAACAUAAUGAUGAGAUUUUCUGUUGAUUAAUCUGUGAUGUGUUGUGCUGACGGAAUCAAAACUUCAAAUUUUUGUCCACAAAUGGUUUUUUUGCGACAUUUUUUAUAAAGGCAGCUGAAUGCAUACUUGUAUCUAACUCAAGGUAGACAUUACGGCCCCAUAUUGUUUACAUGUAGAUUGCAGAUAAUGUAGUGGGUUUUAAAAAGUUAGCUGUGACAUUAUUUUUUUAAGUCUGUAGGUUACUCAGGAUUUUAGUUAGCUUUGUGCAAACUUGUGUUAGCAAAUAUUAGAAGCUUAGUGUACUCUUUUCUACUUUUUUUAAACAUUUUUUUUUAAAUAUCAAUUUCCAAACUUCCAAGCUUGCCAUUGUGUUUGUCAUCAUUUGUAUGAAUUUUUGAAUUUAAAAUUCAUGCUUCGCAGAAUUUUAAGGUAGCCUAAAGCCCGGUUCAUACUUCCUGCGAAUGCAAAGCGAAUUCGACGUGAACUUGACGUCACAUCUCUGUUUUCGCUGCGAUAUUGGCAAGAUAGUUGAGCACAACUCAACUGUUGCGAAAUAUUCAUUGCGAUUUUGUGAACCGGGCUUAUUAAUACAUUUCUCAAAUGCGUUCCUACUUAAAGAAGAUUUGUAACUACAAUGUAGUUUUUGAGGAGAGUACUUUUGUAAGGUUUAUGAUAACUGGCUAUCAUUUUGUAUGGGCAGCUAGCAGUUGGAAAAAAUUGUUCAACUAUUUUAGACAACAUAAUAUACAUGUACAGUGCAGAGAUCAAAGGUUUUUUUCCCGGACCACAGGCCGGAGGCCAGUGAUAUAAGCAUAGUAAACUCAAGACCAAACAAGUCAAAAUGUAUUUGUUGAUAGAAUCACAAAACCGAACUGUGUAGUAAUAAAACAUUUAUGUUGGAAUGUUGACGCUGGGUUUAAUAAAAACCUUUCAAUUCUGUCGAGUAACGAAGUAUAAAAGACAAACAAGGGGAAGCUUCUCUUACAUUAUGUAGUAUUUAUUUAAAUGAAAACGGUGUACGGAAGUUUUUAUCUCAUUUUGAAUCCGCAACUCUGGUCUUGUAAAUAUUUUGAGUUUUUUUUUAAGUCCUGCGUUCUUGUGGAUUUUGCACCAAAGGUGGAGCUCUGCAGUGUGGCAGUAGGGCAAAUAUUUGGAGGAACUGCGCCUUUAAUGAUCAUUGCGGGCCAUUGCAGAUUUGCCCUUUGCAAAAAUAAAGGUAAAUUAGAACAACAAGCAACUUUCAGAAGGAUCUAAAACGGCUACCAUUGUUUGUUACUCUACCUACAGACCUUUCUAUUGUUGAAAAAGAAACCACGCUGGUUUGCAUGGACGGCCGCAACAAAUUCAGCACUAUUUUUGGAUAUCAAUUUUUUGUCAAAGAUUUUUACAAACUGUGGCUAUCUGUUUUUGCUUUGCAUUUAUGACUUCCCAUAGGUUUCCCAACAUCUCGGGUUGUGACAUUAUAACAGAAAGGUCUAUGAUUUUUGUCAAAAGACAAAUCUGCAAUGAAUGGCAUUCUAGCCAAAUAUCUUUCUCAUGAUUUUUCUUUGCUGAUUGAGUGCCAAUUUCUAUGCCUGUAUCAUCAAAGGCACAAUUCCAUCACCUACCUUUUGUACUAAUAAUGUACUUUGUAUUAUCCCCAAACAAGUGUAUAAAAGGAAGGUAUAAUGUCCCCUUAGGUCGAUUUAACAAAGAUAUUCCUAAGUCCUAAGUAAGACUAGUCUUAAAGACACUGGACAUCUUUGGUAAUGUCAAGGACCAGUCUUCUCACUUGGUGUAUCUCA